AUGUCACGUCAUAUAAAGACGGGUUAUCUUCGUUAUUAUUAUAAGGGUUUAUUAUCAAAAAAAUGGAAAGAUUUUUAUUUUGUACUCUUUGAUGAUUCAACAUUGCAAUGGUAUGAAAAACAAAGUGAUCGAAAACCAGAAGGAUCAAUACGUAUUCGUGAUAUAGCACAAAAUCUUUGUGUUGGACCAUAUACAAGAUGUUUACCUAAUCGACCACCAUUUCCUCGACCAACUGAUGAAGCUAAUCUUAUUGCUUUACCACGAUCUUCACCUGGACAUCAUCAUUCAGAAAUUGUAUGGAUUCUUUGUAAUGAUGUUACUCAUCUCAAUGAUUGGAUGAAAGCAAUCGUGUCUACAUUACCACCUCCACCUCAACAACCUCUACCACCACCUUCUCAGCAACAUGGUGAUGCUGUUCGACCAUCUGCUCCACCAUCUGGUCCACCACCACCCUAUCCAUCUUCAAAUCUCUAUUCUUCACAACAACAACAACGUCCAAUGUAUCCAACAUUGCAAGGUAAUCAACCACAGCAAUCGUACCGUUCACCAUAUGGAGGUACAGGUGCACCAAAUAGUCAACAACCAAACUAUCAUACAACAGUAGUCGUUCAACCUUCGCCCACAUAUGGCGGUGGCGGAGGAGGAGGAGGUUAUGGUGGUUAUGGAGGAGGCGGUGGAAGUUCAUUAGCUGGUGUAGGAUUAGGCCUGGCUGGUGGAGCAUUACUUGGUGGUGCUCUUGGGUAUGCAUGGGGAGGUGGUUUUGGUGGUCAUGGAGGUUGGGGCUAUGGAAUGGGACCUUCUGGAUAUUAUGGUGGAUACGGUGGAUGGGAUGGAGGUAAUGAUACAACCAUUGUCAAUAACUAUUAUGAUAAUGAUACAACAAAUAACUAUAAUCAAGAUACAACAAAUAAUGAUUAUUCAAAUUAUAACGACACACAAACAGAUGGUUUUCAAUAUGAUACAAAUAAUGAUGGAGGAAAUUAUGACUAUGGAGGUGGAUCAAAUGAUUAUGCUGGCGGUGGUGAUUUUGGUGGUGGUAACGAUUUUGGUGGUGGUGACGAUUUUGGUGGUGGUGGUGACUUCGGCGGUGGAGAUUAUGGUGGUGGCGAUUUCGGCGGUGGAGACUUUGGUGGAGGUGAUUUUGGAGGGGGCGAUUGGUAA